CAUUGGGCCGCACAGCCUUUGAAACCACUUAACAGCACACAGCCACAAUAACAUCAACUCUAUUGCGGAACCGCAGCUUCAGCCAUCAAACGCUAUCGUAAACUUGGGAAAUACGCUGGUUUGACAGAAACAUGUACAAUGUUUCGCCCAGCAUUGAAAGUCACAUUGAGAGCUACUCCCGUUUCCUCGAUACUCUGGCGCUUCCCUCCAGCUAGCGUUCGAGUGGUACGGGUAGCAGCGCGUUCAAGUUCAUAUCAUGUACUCCAUUCCACGCCAAAACCCAGCGGUUUAGUCCUCGUUCAAGCUGAUGUUUGCAGGAGGAGGACAAUACGGUAUGCGCAGGGAGGAGUAGCACAAUUUCAUUCUUCUCGGUCAAGCCAGGGACUUCCACUCAUACCGAUGCUACUGGGUGCUUUCAAGGCUUCGACUACUAUAGAGGUGGCGCGUACCGCUGGGCGUAUUGCGCUCACGUUCCUACCCCUCAUCCUGUUCAAAAAUAGCUGGUCAAAGAAAUACCUCAAGCACCAUGAUAAAUUUCACCCUGGUGAACCAGUCGACGAAGAGAAAAAGGCCGCCCUUCUCAAAAAUAUACGUGCAAGGACACUUCUCUUUAACGUGCUUUUGUUUGUCCCUGUCGCACUAUUUUGGCUGGCAAUUCUAGCCAGCGCUGAGCAGACACCUAUUACAGGGCGGUGGCGGCUCAUUAUUCUAUCUCCCGAAGAGGAGGAUGAGAUUGCUGCGCAACUCAGAGGAUCAAAUUGGUAUCACGCUGUCACAGAAAUUCUCUCGACAGACGAGCCGCCCAGUUUGAUUCCAACCACUGAUUGGCGAUACCAAUGGGUACGUGACACCCUACGGCGACUGGAGGCUGGCAUCCCCAUACUACAGCGCGAACAAGAGCUAGCCUCCCAUUGGUUAGAUACACCACCUGAUCAACCACCAUUACCUCCACCUGCAGAAUAUCCCUUACGACCUCGACCCCGAGCCAUGGACACUAUGAGGAGGUGGUCAGAAGGCCUCUGUGGACGAAAUUCACCACACUCAGCUCAUGUCAUCGCUGGACCCCCAUAUUCACUUCUUAUCGUUGACAAACCCGAUGCUGCUAACGCCUUUUCGUACGGCUUUGGGCCAGAUGGCGCUUGCGGCGUCGUAGUCUACUCUGGAUUCCUUGACAACAUCCUCUCGAAGGCUCCUUCAUCAACCAUCUCCUCUGGCUACACGCCACAAACUCUACCUGAAGAAACCUCUUGGUGGACACACCUUUUCGGUUCGCUCUUCAUCUCACCGCUAUCCCCAUCCGCAUCCCACCCAGUACCCACAGAAGAACAAACAGCCGAACUCGCCAUUCUCCUUGCCCAUGAAGUUGCACAUCUCGUUCUCUCGCAUCACCUUGAGACGCUCUCAUCCGCCACCAUCAUGGUUCCUGCCUUGAUUUCCAUGUUUGCUGAUAUCACGCGCACCCUCUUAUUCCCGGUAACGAUGCUUUUUGGCCCUUUUGUCAACGACGCAGUCGCCCAGCUAGGCAAAGUCGGUUCUGGUGAGCUGACUAAAAUAGGGGAAUACUGCACGAGCGUGCAUCAGGAGAUAGAAGCGGAUGUUGUAUCCGCCAGAAUCCUUGCACAUUCUGGGUUCGAUGCGCGCCAGGCAGUAGCGUUCUGGGAAGACAAACAAAAUGCGCCCGAAUCUGCUGAAUGUUCUCUGACGGGUCGCCCGGGGACACAUAACUCCAGUUGGACGCUUGCACGGCAGAUCACGGGUUCCUCACAUCCUGUGAAUGAAGUGCGAAUAGAGAAACUCAAGAGCGAGCUAGUCCGAUGGGAACUGGAAAAACGCGUUGCCGAGAAGAAGCGCAUUAUGGGAGAGCCAGAACGAAGCUCGAUCUUGGGGUUGGUUUGAGGUCAGAGUACCCAGAUUUUGGGUCUCCAGACUCAGGAAAUAUUACAAUUACUUACUGCAGUUCAUUCCUUUUG